AUGUGCUUCUUACGAAGAAGUCUCAAUAAAUUAUUUUAUCAUUUUUUAAUAAAUAAUUGUCAAAGUCAUAAACGAUCUCUUUCUCCUCUCAUAGACUCUCUUGACACAAUUAAUGAAGUUGACGGUACUCCUCAGCGUUUACGAUAUUCACCUUCAGGCGGUGGAGGUGAAAUUCAUGAUGCAUCAAACAGUAAUUCGAAGAUUCACAGUACAGUCAGAAAUACUCGUCGCGUGGAAACCUCGGAUUCGACGGCACGUAACGCCACGCCGAGAAAUACUCGUCGCAUAGAAACUCCAGAAUCGACGGCACGUAACGCCACGCCGAAAAAUACUCGUCGUGUGGAAACCCCAGAAUCGACUGCACGUAACGCCACGCCGAGAAAUACUCGUCGUAUGGAAACCCCAAAAUCUACUGCACGUAACGCCACGCCGAGAAAUACUCGUCGUUUGGAAACCCCAAAAUCUACUGCACGUAACGCCACGCCGAGACAUACUCGUCGUACGGAAACCCCAAAAUCAACUGCACGUAACGCCACGCCAAGAAAUACUCGUCGCAUAGAAACUCCAGAAUCGACGGCACGUAACGCCACGCCGAAAAAUACUCGUCGUGUGGAAACCCCAGAAUCGACUGCACGUAACGCCACGCCGAGAAAUACUCGUCGUAUGGAAACCCCAAAAUCUACUGCACGUAACGCCACGCCGAGAAAUACUCGUCGUUUGGAAACCCCAAAAUCUACUGCACGUAACGCCACGCCGAGACAUACUCGUCGUACGGAAACCCCAAAAUCUACUGCACGUAACGCCACGCCAAGAAAUACUCGUCGCAUAGAAACUCCAGAAUCGACGGCACGUAACGCCACGCCGAAAAAUACUCGUCGUGUGGAAACCCCAGAAUCGACUGCACGUAACGCCACGCCGAGAAAUACUCGUCGUAUGGAAACCCCAAAAUCUACUGCACGUAACGCCACGCCGAGAAAUACUCGUCGUUUGGAAACCCCAAAAUCUACUGCACGUAACGCCACGCCGAGACAUACUCGUCGUACGGAAACCCCAAAAUCUACUGCACGUAACGCCACGCCAAGAAAUACUCGUCGCAUAGAAACUCCAGAAUCGACGGCACGUAACGCCACGCCGAGACAUACUCGUCGUACGGAAACCCCAAAAUCUACUGUACGUAACGCCACACCGAGAAAUACUCGUCGUGUGGAAACCCCAGAAUCGACUGCACGUAACGCCACGCGGAGAAAUACGCGUCGUGUGGAAACUCCAGAAUCGACUGCACGUAAUGCCACGCCGAGAAAUACUCGUCGUGUGGAAACCCCAGAAUCGACUGCACGCAACGCCACGCCGAGAAAUACUCGUCGUGUGGAAACCCGAAAUUCGACUGCACGUAACGCCACGCGGAGAAAUACGCGUCGUGUGGAAACUCCAGAAUCGACUGCACGUAAUGCCACGCCGAGAAAUACUCGUCGUGUGGAAACCCCAGAAUCGACUGCACGCAACGCCACGCCGAGAAAUACUCGUCGUGUGGAAACCCGAAAUUCGACUGCACGUAACGCCACGCGGAGAAAUACUCGUCGUGUGGAAACCCCAGAAUCGACUGCACGCAACGCCACGCCGAGAAAUACUCGUCGUGUGGAAACCCCAGAAUCGACUGCACGCAACGCCACGCCGAGAAAUACUCGUCGUGUGGAAACCCGAAAUUCGACUGCACGUAACGCCACGCGGAGAAAUACUCGUCGUGUGGAAACCCCAGAAUCGACUGCACGCAACGCCACGCCGAGAAAUACUCGUCGUGUGGAAACCCCAGAAUCGACUGCACGCAACGCCACGCCGAGAAAUACUCGUCGUGUGGAAACCCGAAAUUCGACUGCACGUAACGCCACGCGGAGAAAUACUCGUAUAAACGUUACAAAUCAAAAUUCACAUAAUACAACUGAGGGUCUACGACGAGAGAUAACUAUAGAUAAUGAAGUAGUACAUAUAGGGGAAAAUGUUCAAACUGGCCUCGGCACUUGGGAAAUGAUUAAUCUAAAGAAAGAUGACUCAAAAUUUAUCAAGGAAAUGGCGAUGGUUAUUUGGACACGCGAAGGGCUUCAAAGAAAAUGUUUAAAUCCAGAAAGAGCUAAUAAACAUUUGGCAGAAGAAAACAUUCGGGAAGCAGUGACGCCAUCAAAAUAUCAAUUAUUGAAAGAUUUGCUGUUCGAUAAAUUAACGAAAUUAGGCGUAAGAGGAUACAAUAGAGAAAGAAGAGUCAAUAAAGUAUGGCGAUAUUUGUCACAAAAAAUAUAUUAUGAACAUAGUGUGUAUAAAAAAUCACAAAUUUUAUAAACUAGGACCUCUUACUCUUUUUAAGUUUUUUUUUAUGUUUGAUAAACAAUACCUGCAACUUGCAUAGCAAGUUUAAAUAUUAAAUUAAGUAUUAAUAUGAAAAAUCGUUUUGUUAAGUGCAAGAGUUUAACUUAGUAAUAAAAAUAUUAAUUAUUUUA